AUGGAGCUAAGCGAACUAGGCGGAGGCAUUACCAAACGCGAAGUGACGCGUCACGAAGCAGCUGCUUUGGCAGAGGAGAGACCAGAAGAUGCUGAGGCAGCGUUCUUAAGAGCUGGAGCACCUGAAGAUGCCGUUAGGAUGUGGUUGACGCGUGGUCAUCAUCAGCGUGCUUUGCAGCUUGCUGAACAACAUGCUGAACAUUUGGUAGAAGAAGUUUUAGUAGAAGGAGCUAGAACCGCAGCUGAACGCGGUGACCUUACACAGUUUGAAACGCUGAUGAUACGCGCCAACAGACCGCGGGAGGUAGUGCAGCAUUACAAAGACCUUGAGCUUUGGGAAGAGGCGGCUCGAGUAGCUCGCGAAUAUUUGCCAGACAGUGCAGAGCCUGUACCACCAACUGUGCCUCCAUUGUUACAGCGUGCCGCUGACCAUGCUGACAGAGGGGAAUGGUGGGAAGCAGUGGAACUCUUGAUCAGUGCAAGCACAGCGGGUGCAGCUGGUGGUGCCGCACGACUGGCAGAACGAGCGGCACUGCGAGCCGCUAGGUUGGCACGGGAUCAUCUGCAGGGCGACAGGAGAAGAAUGGCUGCUGAUAUGCUAGCAGAUAGAUUCGCAGCUAUUGGUCAAAGUGAUGUUGGGGAACAACUUCGAGCAGCUCUCGGAGGCGACGGAUACGGUGGUGGCGAUGAUGGCGCUGGUACAUCAGUGGAUUACUCCGAGGAAGAAAUGGGGGCAACCCCUCAAGUGUCCGAGGCAGAAGUCGAGGCAGAAUCGGAGGCUCUGGAACGACUUGCUCGGGCAGGACAUUGGCAACGUUGCCUCGCACAUGCGGGUGUUAGAGCACCCCAUUACGCGUUGAGAUAUGCUGCGCAAUUGUUCAAAUCUCAUCCGCGUACCGAAGGCGUAGAUAUCGAAAGCGAAGAAGUCCCAGAAGCAUUAUCUCAAGCUCUCGACACUCUCCGUCAAUAUCUCGUGAGUGACACUGGUGUCGAGUUGCCGAGCAGCGACACAACUCUAGCAAGAGCCAUCGGCACCGAAAUUCUAGUGCGGAUGUCUCUGGCGCCGAAAGC